AUGCUUGCUCAUCCGGUAAUUAUGGCUGAUUUCGACGGAUUAUGCGGUAAUGAAGAUGUGAUGAGGAAGUGUGAGGCUGUAAAUAGGCUAAAUAGCAGCGAUUAUCAUCGAAUUGUCACAACUUCACCCGAAGAAUGGAGUUAUGCCGAUGUUGCUACAUGGCUUAAUGGACAGGGCUUUGAAAAAUAUGCUAAUAUUAUCGCUUACAAACAUAAGAUUGAUGGUCGUACAUUGCUCAUGCUAACCGAAGUCGAUUUACGCGAAAAACCAUUAAAAUUGAAUUGCCUUGGUGAUAUCAAGCGCAUUGCUUUGGCUAUUUCGCGAUUAAGAAUGAAUUUAACGCCUUUAGAAGCAGUGUCAAUGAUGCAAAAAAGUAUUCAGUUGGCUGUUGAAAGCAGUAAGAGUCAAGUACCAUUUGCUGAUAGUGAUCACCUGUUAACUGAUUCCACUGAUCUUCCGGGCAAUGUUGAUUGUGAAAAUGGAGUUGAAACCGCGCAAUGUAUUCUGGGUGAUGUAGCCGCAAACUCGUUAGAUGAGGGACGAUUAAAACGAAUGCAUCUGUUGAGCAGGGAAGAUUUAAUACGACAAGUGGAGAGUCCCGAUACAAGAUUGAAGUCAUUUAUAAAAUUAACUAUUGCUUUCUGCUAUUGUACGUCUUCUUUAUUAAUUACUGCUUUUGUAAUGGUUCUUGUACAUGAUCGUGUACCAGAUAUGAAAACAUAUCCACCUUUACCAGAUAUCGUACUUGAUAACUUGCCACUGAUACCAUGGGCUUUUCAAGUUUGUGAAGGAAUAGCGGUUUUUCUAGCAUUAUUGUGGUUCACGAUUUUGUUCUUCCACAAGCAUCGGGUUGUUAUAAUGCGACGUAUGUUCUCGUUGGUUGGAACUGUUUUCCUUUUACGUUGUGUUACAAUGCUAAUCACAUCCUUAUCUGUGCCAGGUCCUCAUUUGGAAUGCCGUUCGCAGAGCUAUGGUACAUUUGUCGCAAGACUGCAGCAAGCUUACCACAUCUGGUCACGCUUUGGUAUGUCAAUUCAUGGUGUACGAUCAUGCGGUGACUAUAUGUUUAGUGGACAUACAACAGCGAUGACAUUAUUGAACCACUUUAUCACUGAAUAUACACCAGAUUCAUGGCAUGUCUUACAUACAAUUACUUGGGUUUUAAAUCUGUUCGGGAUAUUUUUCAUUUUGGCUGGUCAUGAACACUACAGUAUUGAUGUAUUUAUCGCAUUCUGCAUCUCAUCUCGAAUGUUUUUAUAUUAUCAUGCAUAUGCAUAUCAGUUCAGUUUAACAGGAAGCGAUAAUCGAAUGAGAUUAUGGUUUCCGCUUGGCUGGUUUUUUGAAGCUGGCGGACAAGGUCGUGUUGCAAAUGACUUUGACCUUCCACUGUAUUUUCCUGUAAUUUCGUUUCCUUCAUUUGGAAAACGUCCAUGUAUGAAAAAUAAGAAAAAAGCAGAUUUGGAUAAAAAACCUCUAUCGAAACUUGCUGUGGAUACUUGCAAUAUUUCAGUGGACUGCAGCAAACAUCUUAGGAAACGCAGAAAUAAAAAAAAUGAAGCUUCACUCUGUGAAGAAAAAAAUAACUUGUGA